AUGGAUGACGGCAUGGUUGUCAUUGUCAUCGAAGGGUCCAUGUCGGUGGAUGGCAUUGUCACCGAAGGGUCCAUGUCGGUGGAUGGCAUUGUCAUCGAAGGGUCCAUGUCGGUGGAUGACAUUGUCAUCGAAGGGUCCAUGUCGGUGGAUGACAUUAUCAUCGAAGGGUCCAUGUCGGUGGAUGAGGAGCUUUGCGCGAGGGCACUGCUGGCAAGGAGGGCUGGAACUAUGAUCGCGUUGAACCGCAUGAUGGAUAGUCUUUCAGGUUCAAUGACGAGUUUCCAAUUUAAUCUUGGCUCAGUAAGAUCCUGGAAGUACAGUGGCGAGAAGGAAAUAUGUAGAGGCACGGAAAUGUUCGGAUCUCGCCAAAAACCGCUUGAAGGGCCAGAAAGCUUUGCCCCAAAGGUGCCAGUACUGCUCGACGCACCAAAGGACGACCCUAUCACAUAUGAGGAGCUUAGCAAGUGUGACGGAGCGGACCCUUCCAAGCCUAUACUUAUCGCAAUCAAGGGCACCGUCUUCGAUGUUUCACGAAAUCGGGCAUAUCAACCAGAAGGACCAUAUUGCGUUUACGCCGGCAAGGAUCCAUCCCGAGCCCUGGCGUUAUCCAGCUUGAAGCCUGAAGAUUGCGUUCCAGAAUGGUAUGACCUGGAGGAUGUAUACAAGACGGUGCUGAGCGAGUGGCACGCAUUCCUCAGCAAGAGAUAUAACAUUGUUGGCAAAGUACGUAUAUCUUCAUUACACAGUACGAAGUCAACAUCCAAGCUAUAA